UCUAUAUUGCGCAAACCAAAAUUGUUCACGUUGAAAAUUGAAUCGCGAUGAGAUUCACUGUUGUUUGUGCAAGAGUUUGUUUGUGGAUCCAUUGCUGGUGUAGCUGGAAGCGAUGGUUAUACCUGACGACAUUCUUAUUGACAUCGAGCCACUUCUUCUUAAGUGAAAAAUUCUUGCCAAAUUUAAAAAAUCAAAUGGACAUUACCGAUGUUUCCCAGCCAGGUACAACUCAAGAAAAUGUGAUCAGCAGCAGUAUUAACCAGUUGAAUAACAAUUUAAACAAGUCAACCAUUUUUACCGGCGCCAAAUCGGACUCAGUUCAAUCGACCACGAAGAAGAGUAACGAUGGAAAUGAAGAGACUAAUCAGCGAAAAAUUGAACAAGUUAAUAACAGUUUAUUAGAAGAAAAAGAGCGACGGUACCGGCUACGAUCGGAGCGCGUCAAACGAGUUUGUCUCAGCCGGGGCGUUGUGUCUAACCCUCCCAUCUUCACAAUGAGCAAAAAAGAAUUACCAAUAAAUUCACCUGAUUUGACUAAUUUGUCUGUUUCUGUGAUGAGCGUGGAGAACCCGGUCACAUCUCAUUUCUCGAUGGCGCCGACAUUCCAGACGAUGGGCUGCUUUCUCAACAAAGUCGCCUCCUCAUCUUUGGUCUCGGCUUUCCUUUUGCUCCACGGACUGGGACCAACUUUUUCUAGUCCACACAGUUUGACGUCUUACCUUUUUCCCACAUCGCUAGAAAAUUUCCAGUUUGCCAAUCAAACCUUUUUCAAAUUCAUGUUCGUUCGCCAUCCGAUGGACCGGAUGCUAUCCUGCUACCUGGACAAAAUGGUCGACAGUCCUCACCGCAGUUUACCUGAUUUCCGGAAUUACGUCAGAAAUGAAGGGCGUCGUAUCGUGAUGAAACGGCGGCGGCGUCGUCGUCGUCGUAAUAAUAACAAGGCCCCCCACCAUCACCACCUUCGGAGUCUGUUGUUGGUGCACGAAAUAAGCGCUUCGUCGAUCUGGAACCGACUCAAAUCCCAAAUUAGUGAAAUUACCCAUCACGAUCGUCGACUCGGAAAAGGAUACGACGGCCCAGUGAAUAAUGUGGCGGAAAGAAAAAGGAAAUCAAAAGGAUCUUCACACCGUCACGCCGGACCACAUCACUUUAUCGCCAGUCAACCGGCUGUGAACGCUUCAUCAAAUAAGAUCAACGCAACUACGGAAGCCAAACCCACGUUUGAAGAAUUCCUCGAAUUUGUCUUGGACACGGACUUGUUAGGAAUGGGAUUCGAUUCGCACUGGGUUCCUUUCCAUCGAUACUGCAGUCCCUGUAGCGUUCCGUAUCACGUAAUUGGCAAGCUGGAAACGGCAACCGACGAUUUUCAGUACAUCUGGGAGAAAACGGGACUGGGCAAACAAGUUCCCGUUCCGUGGAUGAAUCGGAAGACAGUUCCGUCCAAAUCUAAAAUCGCACUGGAGAAAAAGUAUUAUUCUUCCCUGCCGAGAGACUUGAUUUUGCGCUUUUACGAUGCCUUCCGGAUGGAUUUCGAGCUCUUCGACUACAGCAUCAACGAUAUUCUCCUCAAAGCUGGAUUUGAAGCAAUAACAUGAUUAUACGACAUAUCAAUUUCGUGUGGUUAUUGGUGGAACUUACUAUUUCUAAAUCCAAGUGCUGUAAAAAUAUUUAAAAUUAAAAUAAUUAAACGUG